AGCAAAAAAGCAAACGUGCAAAACAAAUGUUUUCUUAUCAGCGGCCCAUGUCACCAAUGGGUGGGCCGUACGCGGCUGUACCUCCGCACCACUGCUACUGCAAUGUGGUGUGCCCGUGUGGGGCUGUCGUGUGCACACAAUGUGCUCGCGUGUGCACGGCUUGCGAUCGACCUGUUUGCGCGAGGUGCCUGCCGUUGAACAUGCUGCACUGCAAAAGCUGCUGUAUCGCCUUCUUCCAAAAUCGCAGAUAUAAUUUGUGA